CAAGUAUUUCAAGCGCUGAACGCGACGGUUCUCUGAGCGGGUUUCACCAAAACAAGCGGAUCUUUCUCUCCCACUGCGAAUAAAUUCAGUUCAGUCGCGAGUUUUUCCACCAAAUUAAUGCAAAUUGAAAAAUUUAAAUACAAAUAAUAAACAUAUAGUAUAUAAGCCGUGAUACAAUUCAAGCGCCUUCAGGCGAAACCUGUUCUCGAGCACUACACAGUAAUCAAAGCAAACAAAGAGGCAACUCCACUGAAAUGGGCACAAAGAUCGAGUACGUGGACACCACACAUCUGUACGCCUCCAAGUACAUUCGCAACUCAAAGGCGAUCGGCGUGCUCUGGGCCAUCUUUACCAUCUGCUAUGCCAUCAUUGGCAUUGUGGCAUUCGUGACGCCAGAAUGGAUUGGGGAUCCGGACAAUGAUGGCGCUGGCCGGCUGGGACUCUGGCAGCAAUGUCAGCGCGAUGAGAUCUUUGACAAUUGUCGCCGCCGCUGGGAGAACGUAUUGGCGGUGCCGACCUUCUCGUUUCAAUUGGCAACCUUCUUCAUGAUGGGCGCCAUUGGGCUGGCCUUGUUGACCAUCUUCUUCUUGGUUUGUUUGCUGUUUAUGAAGUCGACGCGUGUUUUCCACAUUUGCGGUUGGAUGCAGAUAAUAUCAGCUCUGUGCAUGAUUGUGGCCUGCGCUGCAUUUCCCUUUGGCUGGAAUUCGGAUGAUUUCCGCAAGAUUUGCGGCCCGGAAGCGAAUCGAUUCGAGCUGGGCCUCUGCGGCAUUCGCUGGGCUUAUCCCCUGGCCAUAAUCGGCUGCGUGGACGGUGUCGUCUUGGCCACUCUGGCCUUCAUCUUGGCCACGCGGCACGUACGUCUGCAGCCAGAUCCACUCUAUCAGACGUCGCUCUAUAAAGGUGAAAUCAACAAUGCCUAUCUGACGGAUGCCAUUAGUUUGGCAGGCUCACGGAAAUCCAAUCCACACAUUACGGGUCUGAAUCUGCAGCCCAUUCUGUUGGUGGCACCGCCAAAUGAGGACAGCAUAUCGCAGUUUUCCCGCUAUCACUGAGCAUUCGAUUUUCUCUUGGAAUUCCAACGAUUCAUCCGAGACAUCAACCAAUGCUACGCUUAGCACGUACAGCAACCUGGGAAUGGGAAGUUGAAAGCUUAGCUUAGCGGUUACCGGUUAAGAGCUUUUUACCGUUUCGUUUUGAAUUUGAAUAGUGGUUUUCGCUGCCUUGUGCUUGCCUUUCUCUCUCUCUGUGUCUCUCUUGUGUGAGUGUUUUGUAUGAACCGAGUGUCUGAAUAAUUGUUUGCGACUGACUGAAUGCCAAUUUGUAGUUAAGUAAGCUCCGACUAAUUUAACACCUUUUGUAUAGCUUGUGCCUAAAAUGUAAACAUCGACUAAGGAAAUGCAGAAAUGCGAAUUCUCUGCCUGUAAAUUAUAUACCCAUAAACAAUAAAAGAUGUACAAAUAUUAAACAUACACGUAA